CCCGUUUGUGAUGUUCACGAUUCAUUUCCGUUUUUCGCAAGGUGUGAAAAAGGGUGCUGCUACCCUUUCAAAAUAUUCAGGCAUAAAGCAAGAGAGGGUUGUAGCAAAAGCACAUGCCGGCGCGCAGUUUGAGUUCUGCACGUUGAUUCUACUUUUGAGCUUGUUGAUUAGCACUUGCAGGAAAACAUCAAGAUGAGUUCGUUCAACUUUCAAGAGGUGAGCGUGACUGAUUACGGGUUUCCGACGGCUCCUCCCGAUCCCGAAAUGGAACACGCGUUCGACGGCGACGCGUCUUUGCGCUUCGCUGUCAACCUCGGUCUCGUGGUGACCGGUGCGUUUGCUGCACUGUUGCUUUUCGUGGAGCGACUGCGGAAGAAGGGCAAAAGUCAUGACUACGCACCACUGCCUUUGCCUGGGGACGAUCAUCUUGAAAUAAGUGCGAAUAUGCAUCAAAAUGGAACAACGGCAUUGGAGCAGCAUCUGCAAUCGCAGGGAGGUGCCGGUGGAGCGUCUUCUGAAGAUGAAACCAGCGGGUUUAGAAAAACCAAACGCAACUACCUGAUCGCCUACCUGCUUGCGAUGUUCGCGGACUGGCUGCAAGGGCCGUAUGUCUAUGCGCUCUACGACGCAUACGGCUUUUCCAAGGCGCAAAACGGGAUACUCUUCAUCUUCGGUUUCGGUAGCUCGAUGGUGUUUGGCACGUUUCUCGCCGGGUACGCGGAUAAAUUCGGGCGGAAGAAGUUCUGCAUCUUCUACUGCGUCGUUUACACGCUCAGUUGCUUCACAAAACACGUGAACCACUUCUACUUUCUGUGCCUCGGGCGAAUUUUGGCGGGGAUUGCGACCAGUUUGUUGUUCUCCGUGUUUGAGUCUUGGGUGGUAUGCGAAGUCAUGUCGUCGUCAAGUUCUUUGACGGGAUCGGGAAAUACAGGUGCAGCGAAAUUGUCAUCAGAGGCACAGCUCUCCGAGCUCUUCUCCGCGGCAAUCUUCGGGAACAGCAUUUGUGCAAUUUUGGCCGGAUUUAUCGCCCAGCUAGUGAGCGAGGGUGGAGGCGAGUUUCGCCGGGUUUUCCCAGUGCUUGGGCUGCAAUCGUGGGAUCAUGAACAGCAGUCGAGCAAUAUUUCUUUGCUUGCUGCGGCGCCAUUGUCGGGUAGUACAGGAGGUGGAGGUGCGACAACGGUAACCAGUGACGCGUAUUUUUACGUAGGAAAGUUUCUCGGUCCGUUCGAUGUGGCGGCGGCGGUGCUGGCUUGCUGCGGGGUCUUCAUCCAUUUCAAGUGGCAGGAAAAUUACGGGUCCACAGGAACUACAGCUGGCAGUAUCGAGGAAAGCGGAAGCACAGGAAAAAUAGCAGAUACUGAAGAAGUUGAGCUUUCCAAUGUAAAGAGCCCACGCUUGCAAGAACUCGAUGGCGAGCACGAGCACGCGUUUGAGAUAGACAUGGACGAGAAUGGAAAGGAAGAAGACAGCAGUCCAACGGGUACGAGCGCGGAUAAAACCCCUGCCGCGCCGGUGAUCAUCAUGUCCCCCAGUGAAGUCGUGUUGUCGCCACUCGGGCUAGCUCUACCGCCAGUAUUGCGGCCCAGUAGCGGCGUAAAGCAGGGUAGAAGUGCGUCAAACAAAGGAAGACAGCUGUCUCCCACCUCUGCCAGCCAAGACCACAACGAGACCACGAGCUCCACGGAAGUGGUUGACAGUGAACAGCGAAGAAAGUACGACUCCAGCGAUAUGGUUCAGGAGGAAAUAUUAAGAGCGCCGCCAUUCAACACAGAGAAAAAAUCACUCCAAAAGCCUCGAUCUGAAGCACUGUCCGACAACGAAAUAGCUGCCGCUUUUCACGUUCUACGGACCAGCCCCCAAGUGCAAAAACUGGGAUGGAUGUGCGCGCUGUUUGAGAGCUCUAUGUUUAUCUUCGUUUUUCUCUGGACGCCGGCCAUACACGACGUGAUUCCGUCUGCGAAAAAAGCGCCCUACGGAUUGAUCUUCGCGUUAUUCAUGCUGGCCUGCAUGUGCGGCUCCUGCAUGUUUUCACUUCUCUCUUCCUCCCAAAACGAAGACAAUUUUACCGCCCGAGCAAAUCACCGCGUGCCGCCGGGAACGAAGUCUGCUUUUGCGAAAUUUGUUUCCUCCUGCCUGCUCCAACGUAGUUCCAGCGCUUGGUCGGAAAAGCAACUCGCGGCGCUCACCGUUACAGUUGCGGUAAUUUCCAACGCUUUGGUCGUUGUCACGAGUUCCACCAUUGUGUUGCUGUUUGCCUUCCUCGGGUUCGAAUUCAGUCUCGGGCUUUACUUUCCAACCUUCGGUUUGUUGAAGAGCCGGCUGGUGCCAGAGCGGAACCGCGCGAUGUUGUACAACUUUUUCCGUGUCCCGCUUAAUUUCAUCGUCGUCGCUUCCCUGGCGGUGGACAUUCCGGUCCGGGUCGGAUUUGCGCUGAUAACUUGCAUGCUCCUCCUCUGCGGGGCCAUGCUCUGGAACACGGACUUGGGUGGGAGGGACAUAGCAAAUAGCACCAACAGAAAUAGAACACGGCAGUCCUCUGACUUUACGAGCCAGCAGGUGUCAGAGGAUGAAGGUCGGGAGGCCGAUGAAGGUGUCUUCGUGGACGAGGAGGUGGAAGAGAAUGGUGUUUCGCAUAGUACGGAACAAACGGAAGAGGAGCAACAGCAAAAGCAGUAUCGAACAGCGAAAAAUAAUUUUUCCUUGGAGCUGCGCGAUUUCUCCUUGCGACCAACAGAACCGCCAGCGGAGGAACGACAAACAAAUGCUGCAGGAGGUCAGGCCGGCGUCGGCACUGGAGGUACGAGCACUUCUGCUUCUGCAUCAUCACAACUGCAGAACAUCAAAAGUGUCGCUCAGAACAAAAAACCUCAACAAGCAGGAGGAGCCCAAAUACAGACACGGUCUUACGCGCAUGGCGUGCUGUCGAUCGGAAUUCCUGCCGGGAAGAAACAGGCAGAAGCCUUGCCGGCGCAAAGUACUAACACAAAACCCCUUCCGCUUGAGAGGAGACUAGAUAUCGACGACAGCGAGGACGAAGCAGCCGAGGACGAUGGCAUUUACGAAAAUUUCCUAGUGUUCACGGGCAGUCCAAGGAACAGCGGCAACGCAAGCGCGACAGGUCGUAAUAAUCAUCCGAACGCUGAUGUUGAAAAAGUAGCAGGGAAGACUGAUCUUCGCGAUCAGCGCAGCAGGGUUGGCGCAUCUGGCUCGAACCUGCAGAGAGAGAAACCAAAUACCGCCAUGCGAACGAGAGAAGAGCAGGAUGUCCUAGACCGGAAUAGACUGGAACAAUACUUGAAAGCGCUUGAGGAAUCGUCUUCCGAGGAAGAUGGCGGAAUAUGAAAGAAGGCUCCUGCAAUCACGUUUUGGCGGCAAAAUUUUUUUGAAUUGCGCAAUUUUCCAAAUUGCACUGAAAAU